AUGGUCACACCACUUCGCGCACUAUCGUCUGGAAAUACUCACCGUCGUGGCCACGAGAACGCUGGCGUUGAUGUAGCUCCUCCUAAGCCCGAGCUUUCGGCCGAAGAGCGCCGAGGUGCCGACAAGAAUGACCGUCAAGACCGCGGACACCGUCCCGAUCACAUAGCCGACGAUGGCCCACCGAAACGCAGCGUGCCCAACGGCGUAGUAGUCUGGAUACUGGGGCUUGAACUGUCCCAAGGCCGAAGAGACCGCGUCACUAGCUUGGCUGGCCGCAUUGCUGGCCGCGUUACUCACGGUGCUACUGACAGCCGAGACGGUCUGGGAAGCGCUGUCCGCCGCGCCUUGAACAGCUCCGGCGGCGCUACUUACUGCGUCGGACGGAAUCCCGUCGGUGAUACUUGCCGACCGUCGGAGCUUGAGAUUCUUCAGAUCGGGGAACGACGUCAAGUCGACCUAGGUCAUAGGCUCUGGGGUGCCGACUUUGAGCUGCACGCCGCGAAGAGGAUUGCUAGCGGAAUAAUACUCAACACCGACAUCGCCAUGGUCAUCCCCAUCGCAAAACGCGAGGGGUUAGCGGCGAAGAUCAUCCUCCCACGGCGUGGGACUCAAACCGCGAGUUGCAAGGAAGAGCCCGCUCCCAUGCAAGAGCUACAAGCUGUCGUUCGCCAGAUUGGCCGACAACAGAUCGAAAACACAUUCUAUCGCACCUGCUAUAAUAUAUUGAAGACUCUUCAGGACACGGUGGCUCGGUCUGCCGACGAUAUGAUGUACGUCUUUCACAACGGCUCGCACAGUUCCCUCGAGGAUCCUGCACCACUGCGUCAGCUCGCAGAAGAACUCAAGUCGGCCAUUGCGGAAUUCCAGACACACGAGAGAAGAGCGGAGCUAGAGAUGGAGGCGCUGGAUGCCACCGCUAGCCAUCGACCGAGCCAAGAGAUGGAAUAUAACUACUUCAAUACUAUUAUUACACUAUAUAACAAUAUCAAAAUCCAAUACCAAGGCACUAGCGACGAGAAGCUCCCAAGCAAGGAAUCCUUCCUGGCAGUCAGCGGAAAAGCUACAACCAUUGGGGUCAAACAGCGAGGUCCUGGCUUGCCCGACCUCAUCAUAGCCUGGAAGCAUGACAAAGUGUCCCGACCGCUACGGACAAAGUAUCGAUGGAUAGUGGGGUCCAUCACAUGCCCGCCCUGGCAGGGUUCCACCGGCGAAAAUGGAAGCUCCCGCCGAGGCCGGUUGAACCAGGAAUCGGUCGAGUCGAGCGAGCGGCGGUUGCAAAGCUUCAAAAAUAUCUGUUGCAAAGGUUCCGCCGUCGUCCGGCUUUCAGAUCUAUCGGCAGGGAAAGCCGCCUGGCGCUUGGCGGAGGGCCCAGACAACAGCGAUCGGAUCGCGCGCAUUCUGAGAGUGCAAGGCUGUCAGCGACUGAGCAAACACGCCCAUGUGCCCAUCCUGAUACACCCUCUACACUGGGGGUCUCAUGUUUUCUUGCAGCAGCCAAGCUUGACGGACCUGGCCCUCCCCCAGCUCGGCGUUAGCCCCGGUUACACCCUCGUCCCACUCAACCGCAAAAGUCUGAUCGUCGCGGCGGAGCGAUACUUUCGCGAGCUUGGCACGCAAGACCCGUGGUGGAUCGUUGAUAUUUACCUUGCAGAGCCGAGUCGGUUGCCAACGCGACACACAGCGCGAACAGGAGUUGACGAGCGUCCACAGGUACCUCCGCCUGUAUCAGGGGGUGCUUACCGGGGUGAGAAACGAGGCGGCGAGAACUAUUGGUGGGGCAUUCUCGAAGCCGAACCUGGCAGCAGGAAAAGCCGCUACCUACGCACUCUACGUCCCGUGCUCCGCCACGCGUUCGACGCCCUUCUCCCCAUCACGGGGAUCUGGGAAGGCAUGAGUAUCGGGGUGCUGCACAAAAUCAAUGCCAUGAGAUGCGAUGAGCCGAUACGCUGCUACCUGGAGCAUAUACGACAAACGUUCCGGUAUAUUGUAGGCGACGAGGGCUUAUUGCCCCGGAUAGAUGCGGCCAGUGUCAGGAUCAUGUGUUCACGGGCCCCGGCAACCUCUCCCCAGGACCUUUGCGCUCUACAGCGUGAGUGGCGGCAAGGGACCCUGUUUCAGUUCAUGGAACCGCAGGACCGGCACAGAGCAUGGGCCAAUCUACAGAGGAUCAACUUCAUUAUCCCGACGCUGACUACCUUCUUCCAGGAUGUUCUAUAUCUAGAAGUCGCCCAGACCGCCAUGCGGAAGUUGUGCCUCAUGCCUCUCAAGGGGGAUGAGACCAUCGAUACGGUUCUAGGGCGCCAGAACUGGAUGGCCGUGCUCCUGGGAGGCGUAGCCAGCCAAAGAGACUCUCUCUGGAACCUUUGGCGGUUCGGAUGGCAAUACGCCUUUGAACUCACGCACAAAAAGGACCACCAUCGCCGGGUGCCCCGGAAAAGAGAAGACCUUGAUCGGGCGUCGCGGCUGAACCUCGGACGGGAGCCAGACUCGUUCCAACUUCCACUGAUAGAUCGGUUCUUUGCCUUGGCCGUGAGUUUCGGGUUCGAUAUCCCCGUGCAGCCUCCGAUCCAGGAGUCUCAGAUUCCCCCCAGUGUACCCUCGGACUUUCCACCGGAUAGUGAAGACGACGUGGAUCUCGAGAGGAGAUGCGGGAAGCCAUUCACUGACUCUAUUGAUGCCGAUCGGUUCGCGCUCGAGGAGACAUCCCUGAAUCAGGUGUGGACCACCCGUCGAGUCAGUGCUGGCUUUGUCCGGCGAUGUGUCUUUCACGCCUUUUUCGCAUAUCUACGAACAGGCGGUAAUGGCUCCGGUCUCCAGCGGGUGUCCGGCUCGAGCGAAAACGAUACUAUAUCACCAGGCGAGAUUCCACGCUCAAUCCGUACCGCCGAUCCGUCACUGCCGCUUGUAGACUCCCAAAGAGAGGCUGAAUUUCUUGAAGCAUUUGGUGAUAUGCCGUGGGAACUGAUCUAG